AUGUCGUCUCUGGCGAAGAAGUCGAUGAAUUUCAUGAGGGAUGUGUACAACCUGGCAGAAAAUCGGGCAGAACUGCUCCUUUCGACAACGACGACGCCGACAUCAACGUCUUCGCAAGGCUAUCACCCAUCUCAAGGCCUCUCGAGUCAGUUCAACCCGGCACAUACUCAUCAAUAUCCUCCUCCACCUCCUCCACCUCCGCCGGCUCUUCACACUCAAGCUCCGCCGCCUCCAACAUAUCAUUAUUCCUCUCAACAUGCACAGCCUUAUGGGCACUGGUCUGGUCCACUGACGCCAAUAUCGCUGCCAUUACCACAGGCAGCGCCGAAUGUGUACCCCGUGGCUAGUGCUGCUUUAGAUGUGCAUCCAAACCAAACCCCGGGUCUACCACUUGCGCCGCCCUCGCCUGUCUCGUCUCCACCGAUUCCACAGCCAUAUGGACAUCAAACCCCUCAUGGACAACACCAAUAUCCAUUUGCCCAGGAACAUCCACCUUCUGGGCCCCCUUCGCAUCAUCAGCACCCAUCGUCAUGGCAGAAUCCAGUGAACCCUGGACUCCAUCACCAGCCCCAGCGGAAUGCAUCUGUUGCUGCACAGAGUCAUCCCGACUUUGGCCCAAACCGACAGGAUGCCGCCCAUCAAACUUCGAGUAGCAAGCACUCAGCAGUCACCGGCAGUUAUUGGGGAAUGUCACGACCGGAGACCAGUAAACCUCUACCUCCUCCCCUACCGCCGAGGGCCAACGCUGACGGCCGGUACGUUGCGCCUGGAUGGGUGGGAGCUGCGUCGAGCGAGCCCUGUGCUCCAGUGUCUGACCAGCACGGUUUCGCUCCCCCGGCUCCUGGAUAUCAUGAAAUGCCAGCCGUGGCCGCACCGCCCGCCCGUAGACAUCAUCACAGCGCCACGAACGCUCUACCUGAGCUCCCAGAACUACCUACCGGGGCUGCUGACAUGACUUCUUCGCAGCCAGCACAUCAUGCGUCGUAUCACUUGGGGUGCCCCCCCGCAGCCGAGCUCCAAUCGAAUAAUAACUGCGCGUUCGAGGCGGUCGAACUUCCAGCCUCGCCUGUCAUGGCCAAGGCGAGCCAUUUUAUGGAUUCUUCCUCCUCUGCUCCUCAGCGAUACCAGCGUGCUUAUUCAACAGCAACAACACCGGCCGCAAUGAACCAAUCCUUCACAUCAGUAGACGUGGCAGAGCUGGAUUCGACGCCUAUCACUCUAAGUUCCCAGACCACCACCAACACCACCACCGCCAUGACGACAAGUAAAAGUAUGCAACAUCGUCCUCCAAUGCAUAGUAAUAACGCCGUCACCUUCUCGCCUCCUGCUUCUAGUGGGUACCACGCAUAUCCGGUCCCUACGACUCUUUCUUCUUUUGGUGAUGAUCCACCACAGCGCCCGCCUUCUCCCGCGAUGUCUCCAUCCGCCCACACGCAUUCUCGCUCUUCGAUCGGCGCCGAUCACCAGCAGCAGCAGCAGGGCCUUCCUCUCGACGACACGCAUCAAAUGCUUCAAAAUCACCGAGUCGUUUCCUCCCCAGUGGUGAUGAGCGAGGUUGAUCGACUAGCAUUCAACCACGCGCAAGCCAGGACGGCAAGCCUUCCAACCCCAGGCCCAACCCCAUGCCCAAAUUCGCUCACACCAUCGCGCUCCGAGACCCAGCACCCGCAGAGGACAAAAGUGCCUUACCCGCUCUAUCACGGCACCGGCGCAGUCACGAUGCCCCUGCAUCAGGACUUCGCCACGUGGAAUGCAGACGGGAACGGAGAUGGGAGUGCGAGUGGCAUCGCAUCUGCGCCUCGGAUGCGGAGGUAUUAG